AUGGGCAUUUCGAGCAUCACAUCUCUCAUCGACCUUAUAAACUUAGGCCUUGCCCUCGUGUCGGGGAUGCAAGAAGAACUUGGGCAGCCUGUUGGCGGCCGAUAUACCAAUAUUGCAAUGACAUUAUUUAAUCUUAUUUUGCCCAAGGCUGGGCCUGCAAUCUGGCUGUCCUUCUUAGGCUUCUCGUUUGGAAGCAUCUUGACUAGCACGGGCUUUACCCGUCACUGGGCACCUACGGCCUUGUGUCGAGCUAUUCUAAAAACGUUUGAAGCUGGUUUCCUUCCGAGUAAGUCCUACUUUGCUGUGAAGUGCGUCUCUGGAAAAGUGAACAAUAGUAUAUACGUCUUAUUCUAUCCCACGGUUUUGUGGUACUGGCUUACUUGUCUCGUACGGAUCUUUGUCGUAGAAGAUGCCAUCACCUGCGGCGUGUGCCUCCUUGGAACAUUAAUCAAUGUCGAUUUUCUGUCCAAUGCAGGUGCCAUCCUGCCGCCCGAAGAAAAGGAGUUUACCAAUCUCGCUGCCGUUUUGACCUACAUUUCGGGCUGUAUAAAUGGCAAGCAUCAGACGAGAGGACCAGGAUCUGCAGUAUACCAGGCAAUAGCAGCCACCGGAAUGCUCAUUACGGCGCAUGGAAAGGCACCAACUGCUCGGUAA